CUUCUGUCACCUACAAGGGAUGUUUGGACUCUUAUCUGUACCAAAAAUAAUAUCAGCGUAGCGGGGCAGCACAGAACAGAGGUCGCUAUUUCCACGCCAUUCCUUUGAAUUUCGCUCCCAGCGUAGGGUGAGAGACAUAAUUAUAACCAGUGCCACUGCAUGUAGGUGACUAUUGCUCUGACCGACCACCAGCUUUUCGCGAUCUGCUGCUUUUAUCCCACCUGCAAUUGUAGCCAAGAUGAGAUUCGUGCCGUGGAGAGUGCACUACAUUGUGCUGCUGCUAUCACUAGUAUUUACCGGUGCAUUCUGUGGUGGUGUCAGUCCGGGACGUUUUCACAGGCAAGAGAAGAAUACAGGAGACGAUUCGUGGCUGCACGAUUUCACGGUUCCUCAUCUCAAAGACUUCGCCGCGAAGCACGGGAUUUUCGUGGGCACAGCAUCCAAUGCUGGCCACAUUCAGGGCGAGGACAAGGAGUAUGAUGCAGUGCUAGCUGAUCAAUUCUCUCUCACUACACCAGAAAAUGCGUGUAAAUGGGGUUCCAUUCGUCCCAGCGAGAGUACAUACGACUACAAGGACUGUGAUCUGGUGGUGAGCACGGCAGAGAGUAACAACCAGACUGUACGUGGCCACAACCUAUGCUGGGGAGUCUACAACCCUGGAUGGCUGAACAAGUUUGCUCACAAUGGCACUGCUCUGCGCAAGCUGCUCACAGAUCACGUGACCAAUGUGACUGAACACUACAUGAACCGAAUGUACUCGUGGGAUGUAGUCAAUGAAGCCGUUUCCGAUAAUCCAUCCAAGGAAUCCUUCCUGAAGAACAACAUCUGGUACCCUGCAGUAAAGGAUUACAUUGACGCAGCAUUCAAAGCAGCCAGUGCAGCGGAUAGCCAAGUCAAACUAUUUUACAAUGACUACAAUACUGCAAGUAUCAACCCAAAGUCUGAUGCCAUCUAUCAGAUGCUGAAAACCAUGCUGGAGAACAAAGUUCCACUUCAUGGCUUCGGCAUACAAGCUCACUUUUCAUUGAGUGGUUUUAAAGACAUCGACAAACAGGAGCAGGGCAUUUAUGGCUACAAGCUGUCUGCGCCACCAUCUGACUGGUCGAAGGUCGAGGAUAACAUCAAGAGAUUCGUUGACCUGGGUCUCGAGAUCCAUAUAACGGAACUGGAUGUCCGCAUCAAUUCCGACUCCAAGGAAGAUCUCAAAAAUCAGGCAGAUGUUUACCAAAACAUGCUGAAGGCUUGCUUGAAAUUCGCACCCAAAUGCAAGUCGUUUGAAACAUGGGGAUUCGUAGACAAGUAUUCUUGGCUGGCAACGCACCAUCCAGACUAUUUCGAUAACAAUUACAAACCCAAACCAUGCUUCUAUGCGGUGCUUGAUACGCUCAAUACAACACAGACUGAUGAACUAUGAUAAUGUGUUUUGAAGUGUACCAUACAAGUAGAUAACUAGCAAAAUGAACGGAAUGAUUUUCUCUCACUCUUUGUUUGCUGUUGCUCAUAUCACCAUUGUAACUUCCACGUUCACAACUUCUCUCAUCUUUUUUCUAUUCUUUCACACGUCAGUACACGACAAAGAUCUAAGUUACUUUCCUCAAACUUA